ACAGAGACCUUUGAUGAUGCAUUCAAAUGGAUGAAAAUAAUUGAUGAAUUUGAGGAGAAACAUUUCGCGUUGAAGGCGGAGUAUCGGGUGAUAGGGGAGUUGAUGAAUAAGUUGAAAGUAGGUGAAGGAAAGGAGAAAUUUCUUCUUCAGGUGAAGUUGAAUAGGGCAGUGAGAAUGGCAGAGGCGAGGGAUGCCUUUGAUCCAAAUGAUCCAGCCAAUUAUGGGAUCAUCGAGCGUGAGGAUGAUGGUGAGGAGGAUAAUGAAAUAGAUAAGAAACUUGAGGAGAAACUGGCAGUGUUGGAUUAUACUUUUGGAAGGAAGGGGAAACUAUUGGAGGAGGAAAUUAGAGAUCUUGCGGAAGAGAGGAACGCAUUGAUCCAACAGAAGAGACAGCCUCUUUAUAGGAAGGGUUUUGAUGUUAGGCUGGUCGAUGUGAAUAGGACGUGUAAAGUUACAAAGGGUGGACAAGUUAUCAAAUACACUGCAAUGUUAGCUUGUGGGAACUACAAUGGUGUUAUUGGUUUUGCUAAAGCAAAGGCUCCUGCAGUUCCGCUUGCUCUUCAAAAGGCAUAUAAGAAGUGCUUUCAGAAUCUGCACUAUGUAGAGCGGCAUGAGGAUCAUACAAUUGCACAUGCAAUUCAGACAUCGUAUAAAAAGACUAAGGUGUAUCUUUGGCCAGCUCCUACACAAUCAGGGAUGAAGGCAGGCAAAACUGUGGAGUUGAUUCUUAACUUAGCUGGUUACAGGAAUGUGAAAUCAAAGGUUGUUGGUUCAAGGAAUCCCCACAACACUGUGAAGGCUCUCUUCAAGGCAUUAAAUGCGAUUGAAACUCCCAAAGAUGUUCAAGAAAAGUUUGGCCGAACUGUGGUUGAAUCAUAUCUACUGUGAUAGGUUUACAAAGAAACAAUAUAAUCUGUGGAUAGAUUAAUCUCUUGAGCAUUUGGGAUGACCAAGCUGUUAUUUUCUGAAUCGAGGUUAUAUAAUAGGGAAAACAAACAACGCAGUGCUGGUGGCAAAAAGAUGCUGAAAGGAGAACCACUUUGCUUUUCUUUUUGAAAUGUGGAAUCAAAAUUGCUGAAAUUGAGCAGCAUAAUCAAUAAAAUGCUUUUAGUUUUGCAUAGUGAACUAUUCAUACCAAAAUCAUUUUUCUUGAUGGAGUUGCAUAUUUUAGUUGAUUAUGGUUUUAGGCUUAUGCUCUUUCUCUGUCUCUCAUGAAUUGUGUUGAGGAUAGGAAAUAACGUUGAUAUGGGCACUUAAUUUGUAAGAUUUAGAUUCCAUUCCACAACUUCACUUGGUGUAGUUUUGUACCAGCUCUUUUAAAUAUGUAUUUUUCCUUCAAAUUAUUAACUUUUAGAGUCU